AUGUCCUUGUUCAAAGGAUCACUUGCGCCUACCAUUUCUCUGGCCCUGUUUCAAUGGACGGCUUUUGCAUACUACUUCACCACUCUGGGCUACCUCAUCAUUAUCAUGGUCAUACUUGCGGUCGGCACCAUGCCACGAGCAAAGUUCCUCCAGACCAUGCUGAUCAAUGUUCUGUUCACUUGUCUUGGUGCCGCGAUUACGCUGCUGGCCUUGUAUUGCUCCGUCAAGGCACGAGUCAACAGUGUUGGAUAUCACGGCCCAGGAACCGGUGGACCAGGGACAAGCGGGACGCCUUCCAAUGGAGCUGCGACUGCGACAUACAACUCUUCUGGCUCGGCUGUGGCGGGAGUUUGGCUCUUCGUCCAGAUCUACAUUAUCAGUGUCAUUCGAGGAAAAAAGCCCCAAUACACCAUUCCGUGUAUUCUCUGGGCUGUCUUUGCCAACGUCGCCAUGACUUACGGGCCUCAGUUCAGUACAAUGGCUCAGGCAGAGGCUUUCACCAAGCAGCUUUUGGUUGCCUUUCUCACCGGCUUCGGCAUAGCUGCAGUCGUGUCUCUACUGGUGUUUCCUCUUACAAGCAGGCAGGUCGUCUUUAAGUCAAUGGCCACUUAUAUCACGUCACUGCAAGGUGCCGUCCGAGCCAACUUGAAGUACCUGCAUAGUCUUGAAGACUCCGACAUGUUUGCCGCUCAACGAACGAACACAGCUGGUGAAAAGCCACCAAGGAGCAAGGAGGCGCAAGAAUUCAAGGAGAAAGUGCAAGGACUGGCUGCAUUGCACGCAAAGUUAGGCGCAGAUCUGCCGUUUGCGAAAAGAGAAAUCGCAAUGGGAAAGCUGGGUCCCGACGACAUCCAAGAAUGCUAUCGCCAGUUUCGUCUGGUCAUGGUCCCGACUCUGAGCCUGAGCUCCCUCUCGGAUAUUUUCGAGCGUGUCGCAGAAGAUCGAGGUUGGGACAGAUCUGUUAAUCUUGCCUCUACGAGUCUUGAUGAAGCGCCGAAUGACCAGGAGAAGAUUCGCAUCGAGGCCAUCAAUGAAUGGCAUGAGUUGAUGAGCAAGCUUCGUGAACCAUUUGAUAUGGUGUCAAAGACGAUCGACGAUGGAUUGCAGCACGUACUGCUUACAUUGCAGCUCAUUAAGCCGGCGAAGAAGGGCAGCGACGUCGAGGCGAACGGGAAUGUACCACAACCGGGCGAGAAGGCCUUCACGACUUAUUUCGAAAGCAAAUACCGAGAGUUUGGCGAGAGCAAGAAGACGAUGCUACGAGGCUGGUGUCACAUCCAUGACAUUGAUUUGCCUGAAGAUUUCUUUGAGAAUGGAGACCAUGCAGAUUUCGAUGCCCCCAAAUGGAUGCAGGAGGGCAUUCUCUCGGAACCUCACAGGCGGCUACGGCGACAGCUCUUCUUGUGUCUAUACAUCGAGUUCCUUCUGAUGACCAUGAGCAAACGUCUCCACAAGCUCAUGAUCACCGUCGACAACUUUCGAGACAGCGGAAAACUGAGCAAGACGAGACUGGUCGUGCCUGGGUACAAGCGAUUGAGGAAAUGGUUCUUGGCACUCUUCCACGACAACGAAGAUGCGCACGGCGAAGGUGAUAUCCAAACCGACGGCCACAACACACAAGUUCAUCUCGGAGAUGCAUACAAGAAGAAGAAAGAUCCUGAGCAUCUUCCUCCCCAGAACACUUGGGAACAUUUUGGCAACCAGUUCAGAAAGAUCGCCCACUUCUUUCGAUCGCCCGCGUCGUCCUUUGGAUUCCGCGUCGCCUGCGCAACGUUGUCAAUCGGUGUCAUCAGCUUCCUCAAAGAUACACAGGUAUUCUUCACCAAGGAGAGGCUGUUCUGGGCACAGAUCAUGGUGUCUAUUUCAAUGAGCCCUACUGCUGGCCAGGGUUUGCGGAAUGUCAUCCUGAGAGUACUCGCCAAUUUCGGUGCUCUGAUAGCGGCCUGGAUCGCCUGGUAUAUCGUCGAUGGGCAGACGGCCGGUGUGAUUGUGUUCUUCUUCAUUGUGAUACAUGGCGGUGUCUACAUCCUACUAAAGUAUCCGCAGUACACCACGGUCGGGUUGGUCAGUCAAGUCACGGUCGGUCUAAUCAUCGGAUACGAGCUCCAGGUCCGCAAAGUGGGAGUCCAGAUUGCAACCUCGAACGGACAAGAGUACUAUCCGAUCUACGAGCUGGGCCCAAUUCGUGUGGCAACCUGUUGCGCAGGGUUCUUCGUUGCCUGGGUCUGGACGAUAUUUCCAUAUCCCAUCUCGGAGCACAGUCAAAUCAGGAAGAACCUGGCUUCUGCAUUGUACCUCCUCGCAAACUACUACUCCGUAACCCACGAGACCGUUCGACUUCGACUUCGCGACGAGCUUGGUGAUAUGAGCAGCAAAGACAGCCCUGGCCGCAAGUUGGAGAAGAGCCGGAAUAAGAUCUUCUCCAAAGCCAACUUGACGAUUCAAGGCUUGCGGGCUCAGUCGGCUUUCCUCAAGUUUGAUAUUCCAGUUGGGGGGCAAUUUCCACGGAAGCAAUACCAGGAUCUUGUGACUCAACUGCAAAGUAUCCUGAACUUCAUGUCACUCGUCAGCGUGGCUUCGUACAGCUUCACGGAGCUACGAGAAGAAGGCACACAAGACAGUCUGCGAUGGCUGCAUGAUUUCCAACGGCUCGUGGGAGAAGCGCACAUGACAUCUGAACAAGUCACUACUUUACUUUCGCUCAUGUCGGCUGCUGUUAGCGGUGGGCAAGCUCUUCCACCAUACUUGCGAGUUCCUGAGCCAUGGCUUCUGGCGAGCAAGCUGGAUUCGGUGGACAAAGACAUUCUUAGCAUCAGACAUAUCGCUGAGCCUGGAUACGCGAGCUUUGCGGUGGUCCAGAUCGGAACCAAGUUCAUUCACGAUGAUCUCCGAAAACUUGUGGCGGGCGUCAAGGAACUGGUCGGAGAGCUUGACUUCUCAUACCACAUCGUCAGCACCACGGAUCCCACUAGAGAGGCCGACGAGACGCUGGUUUACACCAGAACGAAUACGGUGGAUAGUCGAGUGAAGUUGGACUGA